AUGAUUAAGAGAAAGGAAAUUAUUGCAAAGAAUAAAAAGAAGAUUUAGAUAUAGAAUUAACCAUAGUUAAUCUUCAACAUAAAAAGAAGAUUUUAGGAAUAAGCUUUUGAUAACAUUUGUAUUUUUAAUAAAAUAAUGAUUAAUAGUUUUUUCUAAUGAAGAAGAAAUGAUUAAUUUUUUGUAUUCUCGUAAGUAAAAAAGGUUGAAUAUUGAUGAACUAGUAGGAAAUCUUUCUUUAAAUGUAAAGAAUGAAAAAAUGUAAGAAAUUGUCAACUCUAAAAUUUAGUGUAGGUUUACAAAAAAUAUCAUUAUAAAAUAUAAAUCAGGAUGAA